AUGGGAGACCGCACUUCGCUCAUACCUCCACAUGUUGGAGACAAUGUCCUCCCCAACGUUCCCUUUUUCCACAGACUACUGCGCUAUGCGCAACGCAGGCCAUCUCCUCUGGUAGUUCGGGACCUAAAUGCCGGCGUUGAGAAGACAUACCAUGAUCUUCUUUCGGAUGUUCUGUCCCUCCGCAAGGUCCUGGAAGCCACACUCAGCCCUGAAGUCCGACGCGAUUUGAUGGCAGACAGAGAGGUGUACAUCGGGUUGCUUGCGCCGGGAGGGUAUGAAUAUACCGUCGGCUUCGUUGCGAUCCUUGCUAUCGGUGCAGCAGUCGUACCUAUGGCUGCCGCAAUCCCCGCAGAAGAAGCCUCGUACUUCCUUGCAAAAGCGCGAUGUGCGGGUCUGGUAGCCAGUACAACCAGCGAGCAAACCGCCCAGUCUGUGAUACGUUUCAUGGAAGAGCAGAAGGGCGUCCGCAUCCCUUGUGUAUCUCCAAUUGCGUCCCACUUUAGCCCCACCCUUAUUCCAGCAGAUGAGAUGGCCAUCUCGUCUGGCCUAGUCCCUGACAUGAACGGGGCAGCACUAGUCAUCUUCACUUCUGGUACGACAGGGCCUCCCAAGGGCGCUGUCCAGCGUCGCAGUUAUAUCUCCGGCAACGGGGAGGCGGAUGCGGAUCAUUACAGAAUCACAGAUCAGGACACAGUCCUUCAUAUCCUUCCAGUGCACCAUGCCUCUGGCGUGGGACUGACGUUCCUGCCGUUCCUAGCGGCAGGCGCAAGCAUCGAGUUCAGAAGCGGUAGCUUCGAUACUGCUUGGACGUGGGAACGCUGGCGGAGAGAUGGUCUGACCUUUUUCUCGGGCGUUCCCACCAUUUAUAUGCGUAUGAUGCGCUACUACGAAGAAAACAUUGCCAACCAGCCUCCUGAGGUGCGGGAUCAAUAUAUUGCUGGUGCACGCAGGAUUAGGGUAAUGCUUUGUGGUACUUCUGCACUUCCUGGGCCUGUGCAAGAGUUUUGGCAUCAGUUGAGGAACAAGCCAAUUCUCACUCGAUAUGGUGCAACAGAGUUCGGCGCAGUUAUCAAGACCGAUCUUGGUUCUGAUGGAACACCGCAGAACAGCGUUGGUCGUCUUGCUGAGGCAGUUACCCUCAAGCUGACGGAUGAAGGGGAAAUAUUAUUGAAGUGCCCUUACAUGUUUUCCAAAUACCUCUUCGAUGAAAAAGCAACGGCAGAUGCACACGAUGCCGACGGAUUUUUCAAAACAGGCGACAUUGCUCGCCGCGAAGGAGAAUACUAUUUCAUCCUAGGCCGUGCCUCGAUUGAUAUUAUCAAAUCAGGCGGAUACAAGAUCUCCGCACUGGACAUAGAGCGUGAGAUCAUGGGUCUGGAUUAUGUCUCCGAAGUGAUGGUCGUCGGUGUUGAGGAUGAGGAGUUUGGUCAGCGAGUUGCUGCUACGAUCAGUCUCAAAAGAGAUCAGAACACAACUCGUAAGAGCCUCACACUCUCGGAGCUGCGGGAAGACUUGCGAAGUAAGAUGGCUGGAUACAAGAUGCCGACCAUCCUUCGUGUGGUCGAUGGUGAACUUCCCAAGUCGGGGACAGGAAAGGUGCAGAAGAAGAUACUGGGGCCGCGGUUCUUUCCGCCGAACUAUGCCCAACUGCCUGAAGUGCAAGUGUGGAGCAAACAGAAGAAGGCCAAAUUAUAG